AUGAAGAGAACCCCAAGAUCCGAUACUGUCUCCCCAGACAGGUCUAGACUUACAAGCCCAUCGCCAAGUAUACGCCAUAUCUCACAUACCAGAGUCAAUACCGAAAGGCUGUACUUGCUCCACAAAGAUAGCACCCCACAAGUGGCUGAUGCAGAAUCGAUCAUCUACCAAGACGAGUAUACGCCUGCAAAUACCCAUAACGUCGAAAGCUUGCUGUGGUCAGAGAUCCUUCCAUACUAUAUCCCAUGCUUAUCGUGGAUUGGCCAGUACUCUGUUGAGUUUUUCGUGGGUGACUUGAUUGGCGGAUUGAGUUUGGUGUUUUUCCAACUACCAUUAUCGUUAUCGUACGCAACUAGUUUGGCACACGUCCCUGUCACAUCAGGGUUGUACUCACUAGGCAUUUCUCCGUUGAUAUACCUUAUAUUUGGAAGUGUGCCACAAAUGAUUGUUGGACCUGAAGCCCCGAUUUCGUUGAUUGUGGGACAAGCAAUCGAACCUUUAUUACACCAUGCGAAAAAGGCGCAUCUCGAUCCCGUCGAGUACGUGGUAGCCAUCACAUUUGUCAGCGGCUCAACAUUGCUUGGUUUUGGGUUGGCCAGGUUCGGGUUUCUUGACAACGUAUUGAGUGCUUCCUUGUUGAAAGGGUUUAUUGCCGGUGUUGGUAUAGUCAUGAUCAUCACUUCCCUGAUAAUUGUUCUUGGAUUGGAAAAGCUAAUGAAACAGAUUUCUGACGACCCAAAUGAAAUGGAUAUACAUUCGCCAUUUGACAAAGUCAGGUUUCUCAUCCAGUACAUUGGACAACGCAACCAGCAAAGUCUCAACAUAGGGUUGGUGGGGUUUUUCAUUAUAUUUACCAUUCGGUUGUUUAAGAAGCACGCUGCAAAGCAGAACGGCAGACUUUACAAGUACGCAGUAUUUAUACCUGAGAUAAUGUUGGUGGUUGCCGGCUCAACAAUCCUCUGUCAGCACUAUCGAUGGGAUUUGGGUGGACUCCCCGUCAUAGGCAAGGUUCGAAACGAGGGAGACUUUAAAUUCUACAACCCUCUAUCCCUAUCCAAUCUACACUUGAUCAAAAAACUUUGCGCAUCGGGGUUUAUGUGCGCCAUGUUGGGGUUCUUCGAAUCAACAACGGCAUCAAAAUCGUUGGGGUCCAUGUACGACCUUCCCAUUUCGUCAAACCGUGAAUUGGUUGCCCUUGGCAGUAUCAAUAUAUUUGGCUCGGUUUUCGGGGCUCUACCAGCAUUUGGAGGGUACGGCAGAUCAAAAGUUAACGCCAUCUCUGCGAAAACAACUAUGCUGGGAGGAAUCAUGGGUAUCUGCACCUUGCUCACCAUCCACUUUUUGCUCAAAUAUUUAUACUUUGUCCCACAGUGUAUGCUUAGUGUGGUGGCAGCGGUUAUUGGUAUCCUGUUGAUCGAGGAAGCACCGUAUGAACUCUACUUUCAUUGGAAAACCAGAGGUAUUGACGAGAUUAUCACAUUCUGUGUCACCGUUGUUACCACGUUAUUCUUCUCCAUGGAGGGAGGCAUUGCCGUGGGAAUCGGGUACCUGCUUGUUCGAGUUGUCAAAAACUCGACAUUCUCUCGAAUUCAGAUUCUUGGCCGGUACCCCAACACAAACAAGUUUGUUAAUGCCGACAUCCCAGCAUACCAAACUAGCCAGGAAAAGGUUGCUGGGUCGUACCUAAACUUGUUUGAUGAUGCCCAACACAUGCAGUUGAACACACAAGUGCUUGAGGAAGUCGAAGGGUGUUUGAUAAUCAAGGUGCCAGAACCACUUACAUUCACCAACUGCAGUGACCUAACUACAAGACUAAAACGAGUUGAAAUGUACGGAUCUACAAGGGCGCACCCAGCACUGAAACGAAGCCGAGACAUAGGCAUGACAAAAUAUGUCAUUUUCGACUUGAAGGGGAUGUCUUCUCUCGAUUCAACAGCAGCAAAAAUUCUCAAAACAUUGUUAGAGGGGUAUAGGAAAAGAGGGAUACGCACAUGUUUUGUUAGAAUGAGCAGCGAUAAACAUUUACGGAAAAUGCUAGCCGACUCAGGGAUUUGUAAAUUGUUGAUUGAUGAUUUGACUGACUUAAAGUACUUUGCCAUCCAAGAAAUCGCCGAGCAGAAUUCACAGCCUUUAACAACGCCAGAAAUGGAAGCUAUGGUCGAGUGUUAUUCGUUGAUUGAAAGCAGCUCACACCCAUACUUUAACCAUAUCAGCGAUGCUUUGAAGGUUAUUGAUUGUUUUGAAACAAAUUAUGUAGACACUAUAGACGCGUAA